GACCAUUUGCUGACUCUGGAGGACGGGGACGAGGUGGCCGUGGUGCCGCCGCUGAGCGGAGGAUAGACGCUGGUGUGGGAUGGAUGGGGGGCGGAGAGACGUGUUCAAGCUGAGCCGUGAUAGGCUGUCUGUCCAGGAAGUGGUGGACGCCGUCGGCAGUGCGUCCUGCGGCGCCGUGUCCCUGUUUAUAGGUACCACCCGCCAGGACGACGUCGACGGCCGGAAGGUGGUUGGUCUGGAGUACGAGGCGUAUGGGAUGGUCCAAUCAGAGCUCGCCAAGCUGAGCGCCAACGUGCGAGCGCGAUGGCACAUCGUCCACGUGUGUGUCCACCACAGACUGGGGUGGGUGGAGGUGGGCGAGGCCAGCGUCGUCAUAGCGAUCUCGUCUCCUCAUCGUCGAGACGGCCAAGAAGCCAUUCAGUUCUAUGUGACGCAGCUGAAGGCUGCCGUCCCCAUCUGGAAGAAGGAAGUGUACGACACGCAGGAAAGCAGCUGGAAGGAGAAUGCAGAAUGUCCCUGGGGCGGAGCUAAGGACUGAGGGGCGGGCUAAGGACUGAUGCCUCAGCAUCAAAUGACAAUAUCCAAUCAGAUUACAGAAUUCAAAGCUGAAAUCAAUAAAGGUGUUUAAUUGGACAAA